UUUGCGUCUGCUGUUGGCGGGGGGGGGAGGGGUGAAAAGUCAGUGAGUGCACGUGGCGUUUUGUCACGUUGUGGGGAAAGUAGUCCCGCGCGAGCGUGGAGGCGAGGAGGGGCGACUUACCGGCCGACCGAGGUGAGGAGCUGUCACGUGAUGGCGUCGGUCGCAGUUGCUGCUUUGUGAGCACAUUGGAUUUUCUAUUUUGUACAUACACUGUUUUGUAUAUACUAUAUAUGAUGACUUCAGUGGGCAGUGAACGUACCCAGGGCACUCGGGACAAAAUGCAAACUUCAACCACACAGCCAGUGCAACAACAGAAACAAGUAAUACAGGCAACAGCAGAACAGAUUCGUCUUGCUCAGAUGAUCUACGAUAAGAAUGACACAGAUUUUGAAGAUAAAGUGAAACAACUUAUUGAAGUGACGGGGAAAAACCAGGAUGAGUGUAUAGUGGCACUACAUGAUUGUAAUGGGGAUAUGAACAGAGCAAUCAACAUACUUCUAGAAGGAAGUUCAGACACGACUUCUUGGGAGACCGUAGGGGGAAAGAAGAAAAGCCUUGGAAAGGAAAGUUCAGAAAACAAAGAGAACAGAGAAAAACGAGGAGACAGAGAAGUGAGUCGUGGGCGGGGAAGUUCCAACAGACGGGGAAGAGGAGGCAGCCAUGGCCAAGAGUUUAAAGCUGAAGAGAACGGAGUGGACAACAAUCAAGGAGACAGACUUUCAGACCGUGGAAAACAUGGCCGUGGGAGAGGAUUUGGACGCGGCAGAGGGAGAGGAGCAAGGAGGUUUUCAGCCCAAGGCAUGGGGACAUUUAACCCUGCAGACUAUGUGGAGUCUUCUGCUGAUGACUUUGGAACAAAAACAGAGAUAUGGGAGAUUGGUCGGAAUGAUGCAGAUGAUGGCACGGGAGCAUGGAAAAAUUCAGUAGAAGAAUGGACAGCAGAAGACUGGAAUGAAGAUCUUUCUAAAACAAAAGUCUUCACUGCUUCCUCUGUUCCAACUGAGAAUCAUGUGAUUCCUAAGCAAAGCAUUGAUUUGGUAGCAUUGCUUCAAAAGACUGUGACCUCCACUCAAGAGACAGAAGACAACUCAUUUGAAGCUCCUCAGCAGCAGACCUUUGGCCAAGCCCUAGUCUUCACAAAUACUCAGCACAGCUCUCAGAUGGUAUCAGGAACUGGCAGUUCCAGUGCUGUAAACUCCUGUUCUUCUCAGAGUCUGUCUGCAGUUCUUUCUUCUGGCUUUGGAGAACUUGGAUCCUCUAAAUUGGCAAACUCUACUGGAUCCCAAAUUUUGGAACAACUAAAAUCCCCAGAUCUGGGUCAGUUUACCUCUCAACAAAACAAUAGUAACUCUACCAACGCUACCAUAACUGCCACAUCAUCUUGGAGUCUAAAACCACCCAUUACUCAGUCCUCAGUCCUCAGUCAGUUUGACUUUAAAUCUCAGCCUGAACCAUCCCCAGUUCUGAGCCAGCUGACUCAACGACAGCAACAAAAAAUGCAGGCAGUACCCGUUCUUCCACCUGGACUGGAGUCCUUCUCCUCCCAGGUAAAACUUCAAGAGCCCUCACCAGUAGACACCUCUACAGCUAUCAGCAAAAUGCUACAGCUUCCGAGUAUAUCUUUGGAAAACCAGACAGUGACUGCCCAUCAAACCCAGCAGAAACAGAUAAAACAACCAAAACGGAGGAUAACUCCAGCAUCCAAGAUUCCUGCCUCUGCUGUGGAAAUGCCUGGAUCAGCUGAUAUGGCAGGAUUAAAUGUUCAGUUUGGAGCUCUGGAGUUUGGAUCAGAGCCUACACUCCCAGAGUUCAGAUCAAGCAGUGAAAAUGCCAGCCAGAUGACCAACGAUAGCUUGUACUCAAAAUCUGUAAAUGAUCCUUUGAAUACCUCUUUGCCAAUAUCCAGUACAGUACAGGAGUCCACAUACACAACCUCUUCCACUCUGACCUGCUCAUCCCAGAACACUAGCCUAGUAACAACAACUUCCUAUAACCAGACUUCUGUGCAUAGUAGGAUAUCAUACCAAAGCUCCAUGGCUCCAUCUGAACCAAUACCUGUUGCAGUUACGAAUGGACACGGUGUUAGAACACAGGCAACUCUUGACACUACUUCAUCAGUUCCAGUGUCUAAGACAGAACCUUCUCCCUCACUGCCUUCUGCUGGUUCUCUGCCUAGUGUGGUACCCGCCACCACUUCACUUCUGCCUUCAGCAUUGCAGCACAUAGCAACAUUGUCCAGCUUGCCUCAGUCCAGUGACUUGGCCAGCAGCUCGCUUACCCAGUUAAGCAGCUCCCUUUCCAAUCAUCAGAGCAGUCUCUCCCCUGCCUCAGUGUUGUCUUCAAGCACAUCACAUGCACACACUAGUGUUGAGAACACAACUUCGCUCCAGCCCUCGACAACCUUUUCAACUGCUUCAACCUCAGCUACUAGCACCACCUCUUCGGUUGUCAGCAUAUCAAGCAGUAUGAACACUACAAACAGCCUUGGCCUGAGUGUUACCAGUGUGUCUAUACCAGCUACUACUGCACGAGCAGCUCCCUUAGUGUCUUCAGGCAAAACUCCUCCAAACCUGCCCCAGGGUAUACCGCCCUUCUUGCAUAAUCAGUACAUUGUGGGACCUGGAGGACUUCUGCCUGCCUACCCAAUUUAUGGUUAUGAUGAUCUCCAGAUGCUUCAAUCCAGGCUGCCAAUGGAUUACUAUGGAAUUACAUUCCCCGCUCCUGCAACCUUGACAGGCAGAGAUGGGAGCCUUGCUAACAACCCAUACUCAGUUCUUUCCUUUGUAGGUGAUGUAACAAAAUUUGGCCGUGGUGAUUCUACCUCCCCUGCUCCUGCUACCACUCUAGCCCAGCCACAGCAGAACCAGACACAGACUCACCAUACGACUCAGCAGCCCUUCCUCAACCCAGCCCUGCCACCGGGGUACAGCUACACUGGGUUACCUUACUAUGCUGGUGUGCCAGGCAUACCCAGUGCAUUCCAGUAUGGGCCAACCAUGUUUGUACCUCCAGCACCUGGUAAACAGCACGGAGUCAAUUUGAACACUGCCUCCACUCCUUUCCAUCAAGCAAGUAGCUAUGGGCAGCAUGGCUACGGAGCAGCAGGCUAUGAUGACUUAACACAGGGAACAGCAGCUGGAGAUUACAGCAAGGGAGGCUACAGUGGGUCAUCUCAAGCACAAAGCAAAUCUGCUGGCACUGGACCUGGGAAAGGUGUUUCUGUAACUUCAAGUAACACAGGUGUGCCUGAUAUCAGUGGCUCUGUCUAUAACAAGACUCAGACGUUUGAUAAGCAGGGAUUCCAUGCUGGCACACCACCUCCUUUCAGCAUGCCCUCUGCUCUUGGAUCUACUGGGCCCCUGAACCCUGGUGCUGCCCCAGGUUAUGCUCCAGCUCCUUUUCUCCAUAUCCUGCCUGCACAUCAGCAGCCUCAUUCACAGAUGUUGCAUCAUCAUCUUCAGCAAGAUGGGCAGGGUGGAUCCAGCCAGCGCAACCAGCCCAGCACCAUGCAGCAAAAGUCUCAGGCUACCAAAACUGCCUAUGGCACUUCUCCAUACUGGACUAACUAAAUGUGAAAGGAGAAGAGAGGAAAAAACAAAAAAAAAAAAACAACAAAAAAAACUGAAGCCCAAGCCCAUUCCUGAAAUUAGUAGAAGUAACUGGUCAGCCAACCAUCUGUGUGGGGAGAAUUGUAGCCAGACAUCCUCUGUGUGACUAGCCUGCUUCCUCUUUGAGUUGCUGUUGUAUGUAAUAUAUUUAUGUAUUUGUAAACGUAACAGAGCCUAAAUGUGGUUUUCUGCAUCUUGAAGCCUGUUUUAUUUUCUUUGUAGGAAGACUAAUUAUUCACUUCCUGUAUACACCAGGGCCUCCUUCCUUGUUUUUCAAGCUUUAUGGGCAUUAUAACUGUGCCAUUUUUAUUGGAGCUAUUUAUUUAGUGCAAUUCUAAAUUCAGGCAAAUACGGAGGCCUGGCUUCUAAAAGAGAAUCAAGAUGUAGCCUGUUUGACUUCUGCCCCCACCCACCAGUAUAGCUGUUAUUUUGCAGAUGAACUCAGGGGCAGUUAGGUCACCUCUUUAUUUUUUAAUUUUUAAAUAAAUAAUAAGAAAAAACUUUUGGUUUUGUUUCUCAAGCAAGAGACUUUGAAUGGCUCAUUGGGUCCUGGACCCUCCUUUGCAUCAUCAAAGGCAAAAACUACAUAAGACUGUUUUAAAACUAUAAGCUAUUUCUUGUACCUCUUCUUGGCCUGAGCCACCCUGCCCAGGAUUGACAGAGCGGCUGGAUGAAAACUUCACGUUCUCCCUUUUUUAAAACAAAGGCCAGAGAAGCAACUCCUGGUACUUUUGUUAUGUACCAGUGCAGUGAACGUUUUAGGAGUUUCUUUUUAGCCCUUCCCCUUAUCUAAUAAAAGAUAUAAGCAUA